CUCUACCUCGCUCUCCCGGCCCCGGCGUGACGCAGUCUAGCUGACCUUCAUCCCCCAUCCCCUCCUUCCCUCUCCGUCUCCUCGUGCGCGGCGUGGGCCAGCGGGACAGGACAGCCAUGGAGGACACCCUCACCUGCAGCCACUCGUCCGCCUUCUCCCAGGUGUUUGGACGCCAGGGACAGCUCAUGCAGGCCACGGUCCAGUCUUUGAACAGCCUAAAUGACCAGAUUGCCCACUUCAUGGUGAACCGACCCAGUGCUCUGGCCAACGAGGUGGACGCUUUCCAUCCUGGUGAGAGGGACACCUUGAGGAAGUCCAUGGCCCUGAUGAGGCACCUGCUCAUGGACGCACAGGGGAAAAUCCUUAAAAUGAUGGAGGACAACAAGCAGCUGGCUCAGAGGAUAGAUGGCGCCAUCCAGUCUGCCAGUCAGGAGGUGACCAACCUGCGCUCUGAGCUCUCUGCCACCAGCCGAAGACUGGCCGAGCUGGGAGCCACAAGCCCGCCUGCCCUGGAGAACCACAAACACAACCACCACGGGGACAGCCUGCGCUACCGCGAGCCGGCGCUUCACCACAGACAGAAGCUGACAGGCAUGUGUUACCAGACAGAGAUCUCCAGCCUGAUGGACUUCAGCACUCCUGACUCCUCCCUUGACAAAGUGUUGCUGCGUGAGGAGGUGUGUCAGCUGCAGGAGGAGGUGCAUCUGCUGCGUCAGAUGAAGGACAUGCUGACGAAGGACCUGGAGGAGAGCAGCCAGGGUUCGUGCUCGGCCGCGCUGCUAUCCGCCACGCAGCUCCGGGUGCAGCUGGGCGACCGGGAGCAGGAGCUGGACCGGGCCAAGGAGGCCUUGCAAGCCAUGAAGGAGGACCGUAAGCGUCUGAAGGUGGAGAAGUCAGACCUGGUGAACCAGAUGCAGCAGCUUUACACCACCCUGGAGAGCAGGGAGGAGCAACUACGAGACUUCAUACGCAACUACGACCAGCAUCGGAAGGAGAGCGAGGACGCAGUGAAAGCCCUGGCCAAAGAGAAGGACCUGCUGGAGAGGGAGAAGUGGGACCUGAGGAGGCAGAGCAAGGAGGCUAUGGAGCAGGCCAACCUGCUGCGCUCCCACAUGGACACCAAGGAGAACCGCAUCAAGGAGCUGGAAGCCGAGCUCACCAUGGCCAAGCAGUCUCUGGCCACGCUCACCAAGGACGUGCCCAAGCGCCACUCCGUGGCCAUGCCCAACGCAGCCGAGCCUGUGGUGAACGGCAGCCAGGAGUGGGUGAUGCAGGCCGACCUGCCCCUCACGGCUGCCAUACGCCAGAGCCAGCAGACCCUCUACCACGGACACACGUCCGACAGGCAGGCUGUGGUUAGGGUGAGUCCCUGUCACUCCCGCCAGCCCUCUAUCAUCUCGGACGCCUCGGCGGCGGACGGCGACCGCUCGUCCACCCCCAGCGACAUCAACUCCCCCCGCCACCGGACCCACUCCCUCUGCAAUUCCAUGGAGGAGUUGGACGACCAGAAGCGUAAGAAGAAGAAAGAGAAGCUGACUCUGGGCUCGCUCUCGCGGGUUUUUGGUCGAGGGAAGCAACGCAAGUCCAUGGACCCGGGCCUGUUUGAUGGUACACCCACCCCCGACUAUUAUAUAGAGGAGGACGCUGACUGGUGAUGGGGCUGUGUGGUAGACCUCUUUGUGUGCGUGCGUGUGUGUGUGCGUGUGUGCGUGUGUGUGUGUGUGUAUGGAUAAGUAAGCCUGGCACAAAUAUUAUUCAAAAUCAUUUCUAAACCUUUGAAGUGUGUUUAUCGAGUGAAGGGCGGGAUGGGUCAAAUAGUUCCAAACAAGCCCAUAUAAGUAUAGUUCAAUGAUUGGAAAUAAUUUCAAUAAUACUUGACCCAGGUUUGAUGUGUGUGUUGCCAUGCGUGCCCUAAAGUCAAGCCUGACAGAGAACUGCUUGCUCCCUGUAUAUUGCCCUCAAAAUGUAUGUAUGUAAAUGAGAUAUAUAUUUAUAGAUGUACAUGUAUGCAUAUUUAUAUAUGUUUACAUGCUUAUAAAUAUAUACAUGGAUUGUUUUGUGUGGAUAUGUUUAUGCUGUGUUAUCCUCUCUGUGUCUGAUUAGUAUGUUUCAUUUUUACAACUGGACACUUGAAGGACUGCCGUGCAUAUGUAGAUAGGAAUCGACGUGCACCUCGUAUUUGACAGUUGCUUUGACAUUCCUUUGGCCUUUUUUUUUAACCCCAAUUCUGAGUCAGAUUCAGGCUUGUUAUGAAGGGAGGGUUAACAUGGAGAACACCCUACAGGUGGUACAAGUACUUUCCUGGGUGGUGGUUGGAUAAUGAUGAGGCUACUUCUAGAGUAUGUAUGCGGUUUUGCUUGUUCUCCAGAGUUAACCUAUUACUGGCUUGCCAACAUAUCCAAGCUUCUGUUUCACAAUGUUCUUUCUCACAAUGGAAGCAAACAAAGACAAGUUUUGACGUUGUUCUACAAGAACCUCUUUGAAGCUGCUGCUCGAAAGCUAAAUCCAGUUUGAACCAGUCAACCAGAGUCCGGUGUCUGAUUAGACUGUGAUGACGCUCAGGCCUUGGAACAUCACUUUAGGUUUCCAGGUCAACGCUGUCAGCUGUGCCAAAGUGAAGCGUAGGAAUGUGCACUGAAACCCCCCCUGGUCUCUCCUGAUCACUUGUAGAGUCGUUGUACAACCAUUCAGCCCGUAGUUAGCAGGGUCAUUAACACUGUCAAACACCUGUGUUUCCUCAUUUUCCUCAUACCUUCCUCACCCCCCCCCCCCCCCCCCCCACCUGCGUACCUACCCACGCAUUCUAAUUUAUGGUUUUCUUGCAUUCUAAAUGCAAGGCGCUCUUCUUUUUCGUCGUUUUUGUUUCGUGUUCUUACGAAAACAACCUUCCCGUGUUUUUUAACAUUUGUGUCUCAGAUUGUUUUCUUCAAAAUGUUUUGUAAUUAAGGAUAUGUGGCAUAAAAGAGUAAAUCUAUUAAAGUAUUUUAUUUAAAGAACGACAAGUGACUGAGGGAAAGAUGGACUGUCCUCAGCUUUGACCGGCAGAAAGUUUUUAUCAUAUUCAAUAUGAAAGCAAUUCAAAUGAAACAUUAUUUUAAAAUAAAAAUCAGCAACAACUAAA